GAUUUCACUCCGGUCAACAGGUUUAAUACCGAGAAGCUUCGAGAGGUCACUAACCAAGCAUUAACCCUUUCCUCCCGGAUUAUAAGGCCGGACCAUCCCCCGGCUCCGAGCCGGCGGGCUGCACCAGGAGAACGAAAACGAGGCCGGUGUCGCUUCCGAAAGGAGAAAAAGAAACCGAGACCGACGUGGAUGGUAACCUAACCGAUCGCUUUCUGUGUCCCUCCUCCUCCUCAGGCUUUUGCAAUCCUGCCCGGGGGUGACGGCGGGCCGGGGAUGCGCUUGCAAAAGGAGCUGCAGAGGGAGAAGGGAUUGCGGCUGGGCGCGGGUGGGUGGGCUUCUCUCUCUACAAGAAGAACCCCCCCAAAGUUCGGCGCUUACUUGCUGCUCAAGGGCUCUCUCGGCUUUCUCUCAGCGCCCACAACGGAGAGGAAAGGAACUCGGCAGAACUUCGCUGCGCUAUUGCUGUUGCGUUCUGCGCUGGCUGCACGUGGAGCAAGAAACAGACGCGAAGGAGAGAGCUCGGCCGAGCGGAGUGCCAUAGAUGGGAGCCCAUUCAUUUCACCGAGGGAGAGUCCAUUCAUGUCGCGUGCCCGCCCCCCGCCCUAAUUAACCCCUUCGCCGAUGCUUACGAUCCUCCCGACUCCUCCCCCAUACCUAUAGACACAAGGCCGGAGAUGGGGGAGGAGAAAGGGGCCGACGAUCGCCUGUCACGCUGAUUAUUCUUGGCACGGCCGGUCCGCGAUCUGCCUGGGGGAGCCCCCGGGCGUGCCCUCUGGCCGCUCGGCCGGCCUGACAGCGGCUGUUUCCUGCGCCGUGGCACGUCCCCCGUACUCCCGGCCGGGCAGGGGCCGGGGCCGGCUCCCCCCGCCCCCUUUCCUAUCCCUCGCUUUGCCAGUGUAUUUUUAGGUCAUUGGAGUGGAGGGGUAGGUAAUCCCCGGGCUCAAGUUCCAAAGGGGGCGGGUUCUGGCCGGAGGUGGAGUCACUUUUCCAUUUAAAUCCCCGACUAUAAAAUGGGCUCAAGGAGAAGCGGGAUCUCAUCGGCUAAGCCACCCAGAGGAGUGGUGGGAGUGAGCGCCUCGAGGAGAGAGAGGGGGCGCUGGCGGGGGCACGGGAGGGCUCCGGCCAGCGUAUGCGCCCCUUGCAGCAGCCGCUCCCGCCGCCGCCGCCGCGAUGCUGCACUCCGUGGGCGCCCACACCUUGCAAGCGCUGACCCAGGUGGCCGCCUGCGUGCUGCUGCUGCCCCGCUUCCUCCUGACGGCCGUGAUGCUCUGGCUCCUGGAUUUCCUGUGCAUCAGGAAGAAGCUGCUGCUGGCGGCGGCGGCUGGAGGGGAAGAGGAGGCGGCGGCGGAGGGCAGCGGACGGGCCGCGGCAGGGUCCCCUCCCGACGACCCGCCGCUGUGCGUGUCCGACUCCAACCGCAUGUUCACGCUGGAGUCGCUCAAGGCCGUGUGGCACGGGCAGAAGCUGGACUUCUUCAAGGCGGCGCACGUCGGCGCGGCAGCGCCCAACCCGGAGGUCAUCCAGCUGGACGGGCAGACGCGGCUGCGCAUCCUGGACUACGCCCGGGGCAAGCGGCCGCUGAUCCUCAACUUCGGCAGCUGCACCUGACCGCCCUUCAUGGCGCGCCUGCGCGCCUUCGAGCGCCUGGCCACGCGCUUCGUGGACAUCGCCGACUUCCUGCUGGUCUACAUCGAGGAGGCGCACCCUUCCGACGGCUGGGUCAGCUCGGACGCCGCCUACGACAUCCCCAAGCACCAGUGCCUCCAGGACAGGCUGCGGGCGGCGCAGCUCAUGAAGGAGGGCGCGCCGGGCUGCCCCCUGGCCGUCGACACCAUGGACAACGCCUCGAGCGCCGCCUACGGGGCGUACUUCGAGCGCCUCUACAUCGUCCAGGAGCAGAAGGUGAUGUACCAGGGCGGGCGCGGCCCCGAAGGCUACAAGAUCUCCGAACUCAGGCACUGGCUAGACCAGUACAAAAGCCGCCUCCUGCAGAGCGGGCCCAGCACGGUCGUCGUCCAGGUGUAAGAAAGAUCCGCAGAGACGGGGCGGUGGGGAGGAGGAGGAGAGAGACCCGCCUGCCGUGGGGAUCGGGACCGAGAGGGGUGUCUCCUCCGACGUGCCCACCCGCCCCCGCCACUCUCAAGAGGCUUCUGUGUGAGUUUUCAUGCAAGACGUGUCCCAAGACUUUCACUAUUCAAAUCAUGUUGAUUUGCCGAGCUGUUCUUAUUAACAUUCAUUUCCACGUGCAGUUUGUUUGGUUUUUUUACAUCUCUCUCUCUCUCUCUCUAUUUUUAAAUCGCUGUGGUGUGUACGCGCGCUCUUGCGCGCGCGGCUGAAUAGAUUUCUCUUUUGUGGGGGAAACAAAACGUGUUUACGAUGUGUGGAUGAAAGUGUCUGGGUGUCGGAGCAAUCUUAACGCAAAUUUACUCGGAAGUAAUACUGUAGUCAAUGGUGCUUACUCCUCGGUAAAUGUGGUAAGGUUGCUGCGUGCGUGCGUGCGUGCGUGCGUGUGUGUUCAACUAGAUCUGUGUUCUGCCGUGCACGUGUGGCUGUGUCAGAAAAGUUUUAUACGUCCAAGUGGUCUUCUGCCGCCAGAGCAAAAACCUUGCUGGGAUUUCUAGCGUUUCUUUGUGAUGACCGGUUUCGAAAGGGUUAGCCAAUGCCAGGAAAUCGAGUCUGAUGAUCUGAAAUACUAGAACUGCCGGCAAAAAGGAAAGCUAAACGGAAUGUCUAUUUAUGUGAUCUCUGUGUUCGUCUCUUUUGACUCUUUAUUUUUUUUUUUUUUGUAAGAUGCCCAUUUUUUAUGAAGUUUUUAUAACAUUAUUAAUAAAGAUAUUGAGUAAA